GAGGAAUUAAAAAGAAGAUUGUGCCCGAGCGCAUUAUACUGGCUUACCGUGAAAAGCAGCUUGCAGACAGCAAGGAACUAUUCGACUAUGGCGUGGCUCACGGUGACACGUUUAUCGCGUUCGUUGAGCAUCAAGGCUGAUGAGCUAGUUCAGAACAACAGCAUGGGCGAGGACAUGAUGGAGGGCGAGAAUAUGUCUGGCAAGUCGACAUACAUCGGCCAAGAUACCGUGUCCAUGUUGGCCAGUCGUGGCAGGUUCCGCAUCCAUGUAUCGGAGGCUGGAGUCCACCGACCUACAAUUGCUGGUAUCGCUGGCAAGUCAUCGACGCCAGCUGUCUCGAUUGUACUGGCAGCCGGUUAUCCAGAGGACGAAGACUACGGCGAUGAGUUCAUAUAUACUAGAUCCGGCGGCUACACGGACAAGUCAACAGUCCAAAUCUCUGACCAGGAGUUGACCCGCCAGAACAUGUCUCUGGCACGCGCGUGUGACGGCACCGAUCAACGCCGAAGUUGGCGCCGAGGCAAUCGACUGGCGCAAGAGCUCACCGAUCCGCGAAAGAGAGGGGACACAGCGGCAUGUAUGUCUGGCGGUUCUGGUUCCACCGAGACGACCCAGAACCGUCGCCCUGGACACUGGAAGGCCAGCUGCGGACCAAGGGAGCUCGGGCUUAUUAUGUACGACCCCGAUGGCGCUGAUGCCGAUGGCCGGUGCCAUACACUGCGCAAAUCCACCGAGUCAUUAGUGCGCAUUCUACCAAAUGCCGUGUUGCGUGAGCUUAUACGUCUCGAUGCUGCGAAUGACCGCAUCUGGACUGAGAUUCUGAAUGGCACGUACUAUGGGGAGCUGGAGUUCCUGGAAGAGGUAGCUAAGAACAUGUUCGUUUGUGCUGUGUGUCAGGAGCUUGUGCAGAUGCCAGUCACUACGCCUUGUGGCCACAACGCGUGCGCCAAGUGCCUGUGCUCGUUGCUCUGCCAUAGCACUAAGUGCCCUUGUGAAUCAGAACCUGGUCAACGUCCUCAUGGCUCUAAUACCCUCGUAUGGACAGGGCUGGGCCACCAAGCCUGCGAUUACGAGGGUGCAGCGCGCACGCAGGACUGGUCUGCCGAUUGUGAAUUAGUAAAAGAGGACUUGAUAUUGGUUACUACGGAAACCAAGCAAGUGCACCCGCUCACUGCGUUGUCAGACAUCCAGCCUGAUGGCGGCAUGUCAGUUGACUCGUCAUGA